AUGGAAAACACCGCCGCGCAUUUACGACUUUUAAAAAUCAACCACGGAGCUGUCCGCAGGCUCUUCAAGGAACUAACCUACUACGAGAAGGAGGAGGAGGAGCUGCGUAAUAAAAUGAAUUUCCUACAGGACGAAAACAAAUCCGCUGCAGAAAUUACCCGCGCACAAGAAAUGUUCAAGGAAACGGAACGCGUUGUACCCCACAUAAAGUCAUCCCUCCAAGUCAGCCUAAAGAAGGUAUGCGAUAUUAUCUACGAGCAUUUUUCGGAUGUACUACAAAUAAAUGAUAGAAAAAUUCAGUUUUCUGCUAGCCAUUCUGAGGACACGUUAAAGGAGGUUCUUUCGACUCAUUAUGAGGAGAUUUGCAAAGAAGUUGAUGGACUGAACGAGACAUUCGGGAAGGUUCUAUUGCACAUAAAGCAGGACGCCCUCCCCGUGUGCACCGCAGCCCCGAGCGCGCCUAUUCCCGUGACAUGCGUGGACAUAUAA